AUGCCUGAAGAGAAGAUACCUGGGGCUCCCAUGCCUGAAAAGAUUCCUGUGGCGCCAAUGCCUGAGAAGAUCCCUGUCACGUCGCCCAUUGAAAAGGAGGCUACAAACGAUUUCGAAGAAGAGGAGCAUGUGGCUGUAAUGCCCCCACCAGCCUAUGGCGCGUCUGUGGACGAGGCCAUGAAGGCAUUCGGAGACGGGGAGGUCCUACACAUCGACGAAGCUACAAACAAGCGGUUGUUGAGGCGGAUCGAUCUUCACAUCAUGCCAUUGAUGUGCAUUGUCUAUGGUCUCAAUUACCUCGACAAGACGACACUGUCCUAUGCAAAUGUCAUGGGAUUGAAGAAGGAUCUCAAAUUGAAGGGCGAUGACUACCAAUGGCUUGGAAGCAUGUUCUACUUCGGUUAUCUUGCUUGGGAGUAUCCCACCAACCGUCUCCUCCAGCGCCUUCCUCUGGCUAAAUACUCCUCUUUCAACAUCAUAAUCUGGGGUGGAGUCUUGUGCUGCAUGGCCGCCGUUAAGAACUUCUCGGGCGCGGUAGCCGUGCGAUUCUUCCUCGGUGUCUUUGAAUCUGCUGUCACACCCGGUUUCGCCCUUUUCUCCAGCCAAUGGUAUACCAAAAAGAGCAGGGAACCAGAGUAG